AUGGAGGUUCAGUGCAAUCAGCCACCGGAGCAGGAAGUGGUCUCCUGUUGGAGAUCGGUGGCUGUGCCUUUGAGUGGGCCUUCCAGCGACCUGGGGCCUCUCGGUAAUAAGCAGCAAGCUACAGAACCCAACCAUGGGCACCUAGUGAUGGAAAAGAGCAGUGGGCACAUGCUGCUGCCUGAACCCAGUCAGCAGGUACCCAGCAGCCAGGAGCAGGAGGUUUUGAUUGAGCUUCAGCCCAUUCCCUUCCACCAGAACCCGUUUGUGGUGGCAAAUAGGAAGGGCCGGGAGAAAGCCAGGGACCUCCCAGCAGCAGGAGCAUCUCCACAGGGCACAAGGGGCAACACGAGCUGCAGCGUCCAGGACAAUUCAAGUGAUUCUCCUGUUCUCAGUAACAGUGGCACACGGGAGGUCUGCAGCUCUCCUACCUCUCAGACCAAGCCUGGAGUCAUUCAGCCAUUGUCCAGGGGUAGACCGGUUGUGGCUCCAGGAAGCCCCGACAGCAGAAACAGUCCAAAGCGAUUCCACAGGCCAGAGGAGUUGCCAGUGCCUCUGAAAGCGGAAUUUUUUAUACAAAGAAGUAUUAAACCCAAAUCAUCAAACGAGGUGCCCUCACCCAGCGCAUUGGAUAGCCCAGAGCAGCGGUCAUUCCGUGACAGGCAGAAAUACUUUGAAAUUGAUGUGAAACAGCAAGUGGCAGAGAAACCCAAGCGAGUGUCACUGGUGGCAGAAGAUGAUCUGAGGAAGAUGAAGGAAGAGGAAGAGCGGAAGAUGAGGCACCGAGCUCACGACGUGGUGCUGGAUGAAGAGGAGGAGGAAGAUGAAGAGAAGCGGCUCUCUGAUAUCAGUGGUCAGGUCAGCGUGAUGAUCGAAGGGGUAGAGUACAAGAUUGAGCGAUUGGACGGAAGGAGUCAGGAGUCCCCAAGCGCCGGAGUGCCUGCAGCAUACCCUGAGCCUGCGGCUCCGAUUCGGACAGCGAAGGCAGAGAGGCGCUAUCAGGAGAGGCUGCGAAUGCAGAGCCCGGACCUGCCUGUGGGACAGGACAAGGAGCUGUCUCCUGCUGAACGACGAGCCCUCGAGGCAGAGAAACGGGCCAUGUGGAGGGCUGCAAGGCACCAAGCCCUCGAGGAUGAUCUCAGACAGUACAAACAGGAGCAGGCUCGCCGUCUAUACCAGUCCCGCCAGCGGGCAGCUGAAGUGCUCAGCCUGGGCCAGGGCUCCCGUGUCAAACCGCUUCCGGUGGUCAGGCAAGAAGGCCUGUGCACUGAGUUCAGGUGUGGAGCUGCCGUGUGCCUGCUGCAUGCUGCAUGCUGA